UUCCGUUUUCGGUGUAAACAAACAGGCCAAUAUGGCGGCGUUCAUAUUGAAAUAAGACUCGGCAAACUGUUACUAGCAGAGACUAUCGUUUGUUGAGAUUUGAGACAUUUUAUAACAAUGGCUGAACCGAGAAGUAAGAGGAGUGUAGUUCGCUACUACUGCACGGCCGGUAACGGGAUGGAGGCGUUUUUAAUCGACGAGGUGAAGACGAAGCUGGCGGCUGAAGACGUGUGUCACAUUCCAGGUAAAGUGUUGUUCAGCUCCUCUGCGAACAUCAACAGAAUUAGUAACCUGAAGGCUGCAGAGAGACUCUUUCUUCUGUUGAAACAAGACUUACCGGUGAACCUGUCUGUCCACUCCAGUGCAGCAAAGGCAGCCUCUGUGCUGCAGUUCAGACUGCUGGAUGACAAGAAUCAGUGGACCAGCGCUGUAAUGACAUGGAGUCGACUGCAGGGGGAGCUGGCAGGCAGUAAAACCACUUUCAAAGCAUCAAACUCUGCCCUCAGACUGACAUGGGAGAGGGAAGCUGAGGUGAGAGGAAGUGAAGAACAGAGGGAAGAGGGGAAGAAGAGCCUUGUAGAGUCUAGAACAAGUUCAGAAGGGGAGAGGAAGAAUAUUAUUGGCAGACAUAGAAUUGUUGAACAAAAUGGAGUACUCACAAUGGCACAGAAGAGAAAGAGGGAUGAGGAGGAGGAGGACAGAAAGAGGAAGGCUGCAACUUGGGACACAAGUAUUGAGAAGAUUGUGGAAGAAAGAAUGAGAGUGGAAGAAGCAGAGGCAGGGAUGUUAAACUGUAGAAAAAAUGGUAGCCAGGGAACAGAUUUCAGUGGCAGCGGAUCAUUCUGUGACCCCACAACAUCCAGACUCGAACCUCAUGGGGAAAGUAGAAGCAGGAGGCUGGAUGACAUAGCAAAGGAUUUCACUGAAGAAAGUCAGGAAAAAGUGAAGCCCACUGGAGAAAGAAAUAAGAUGUCGAUGACAACCUGCAAGGACAAACCAGAGUUGCUUUCCUGUGUCCCGGUCUCUUUUAGGAUCAGUUGCAAAUGUUCUGGAUCUCUGUCCCGAUGCUUGAGCACACAGGAGGUGAGCAGAGUGAUUGGAGCAGGUCUGAGCAGACUGCUGGGAUGGAAGGCUGACCUGAAGAAUCCACAGUUGGAGAUAAAUGUCCAUUUGAGUGAUGACUACUGCCUACUAGGAAUUCCACUGACCAGGUUGCCUCUUGCUAACCGGAGCUAUAUUAAAAUAACAGGACUGAGAUCUACAACAGCCUGGGCCAUGGCCUCACUGGCUCACAUACAGCCAGGCUUCAGUGUGGUUGACCCAAUGUGUGGGGUGGGGACCAUCUUGAUAGAAGCUGCACAGGAGCACAAGGAUUCCUGUUUCCUAGGUGUGGAUAUUGAUGAUGAACAGCUGCAGAAGGCCCGCGAGAACAUAGCAUUUGGAGAGUUGGGAAACAGAAUACACCUGUUGAAAGCUUCAUCUCUGGCACUGCCUCUGCCCAGUGCCAGUGUAGAUGCUGUGAUCUGCGACCUGCCAUUUGGCAGGAAGUUUGGCUCCAGAAUAGAUAUGGCUACCAACUUGCCACUCAUCCUGACAGAGAUGGAGAGACUUCUUCGUCCUGGUGGUGUCCUGGUUCUCCUCCUGAGUCCUCAGUUGUCCUGCCUGCUCAAAAAACUUCUGAUACAAAAAGACACCAGACCAGCGUCUAACCCUGAGACAAAGCCUCAGACUGGGAUGCAAAACUGCCUGUCUCCUUCCAUAUCUCCUUCUAAGAAGCAGACUUUCCAAAUCCACCCUGGGGUCAAAUCCUCACCUAGCCAAGAAACCAAGCCUCAGCACAGUCUGCCUUUCACUCUGUCUUCAAUGAAGCACCAAGCAACUUUCAGAGUCAGCUUAGGAGCAAUAGAUGGGCUUAUUCAUAAAUAUGUCAAAACAGACUGUUGACCAGUGUUGCAAGAAGUUACAUUUUAAGGCAGUUGAUGUUCUGUUCUUCAUUACUUCUCAUGCAAGAUGAGUAGUCAUGUUGAAAUUCCAGUGUUUUAUGACUACUCUGUAACAUGUGUUUACUUGCCUACAGUAUUGAAUUGGAAACGAUAUACAGAAAUAUAUUUUUGGAAGCAGCUGAUAAAUUAAAUUGUUUGAUUUUGAAAGUUUAGAAGUAUAGAAAUUUUGCUGUUCAAAUCCUCCGGCAGUGCUUGACUUCUAAAAGUGGUUAUUAUGAAGAUGCAAAUCUUUUAAAAGCA